AUGUCGGAUCAUGAUUCAUCUGCCGAGAGCAUAACACCCCCGCCUGCUCCCCCAGUGACGGAAAGCCCUCCAUACAAUGGGGUAGCUACACGAACUCUGGGAAACCCCUACAGCCCAGAAUCUAGAGUAUCGCAACCACUUCCAAUUUUGCCUGCUAAGAAGAUCUCCCAGCCGGGAUUUGGGUUAACUUGGGAUCAAGCUGAGCAUGCAGUGUCUAACUUCAAAGUCAAGUUUACCCCCUUUUUCCCCUUCGUUGUUCUUGAUCCCGAUGUCACCGCACAGGAAAUCCUAGCCAAGAAACCCCUCCUAUUCAGAGCUAUUAUGUUGGUAGCGAGUAAUCUUACGCUUGCGAAGCAAGGUGAGAUCAGAAAAAGUAUACUCGCUUAUGUAGGCCAGCACGUGCUAGUAAUGGAGGAACGAGAUCUGGGCAUUCUUCAAGGUCUACUGGUUUUUAUAGCUUGGGGCGAACAUGAUUUCUACUUCGACCACCAGAAGAUAACUUACUUAACUCACCUUGCAAUGGGAUACGCUCACAAUCUUGCAAUCACGCGGCCACCUCCCACGAUGCAGCAGAAAAUGACAGUAGCGGUAAACCCGGACGUGAAGGAAGCAUUGAUGAGUUAUAGUAUGACGACAGUUCUGGAAGAGUCACAUACCCCUGAGGAACAGCGAGCCUUUCUGGGUUGCAAAUACCUUCUUUCAGUGAACGCGUCGCAGUUUGGGAGAGAUGGCGUGCUGAAAGGCGAUUAUGUAGAUCGCUGCCUCAACUCGCUAGUACACCCUACAGACUUUGGCACAGACUUUAUCCUUGAUAAAAUUGUCAGAUUCCAGCAGAUCGUUGAGCGGAUAUCGGAGAAAUUACCUAUGCCAUCCGAAGGGGAACGCUCGAAAGUAUUUACCAUAUCCAUGAACGAGGAUAUGCAGUCAAUUCGCAAUCAACUCAACCAGCUCUUUGCGAAUAUGGCCCGAGAACACAGACAAUUUGGUGAGACUUCCCCAAAACUUGAUUUCUAUCACUAG